AUGGAUGCGGUGCAGGUGAAGCAUAUAUUAGAGAAGACUGUUGGUCCUACUCGAAAGGAUUGGUCUUUGCGCCUUAACGAUGCUCUCUGGGCCUACCGAACUGCUUACAAAACUCCAAUCGGUAUGUCUCCAUUUCGCUUAAUCUUUGGUAAACCUUGUCAUUUACCUGUCGAGCUUGAACACAGGGCCCUUUGGGCAAUUAAGAAGUACAACUUCGACAUGAAGGAAGCAGGAAAUAUCAGAAGGUUACAACUGAGCGAACUGGACGAGCUUCGCAAUGAUGCUUAUGAGAACGCAAAAAUUUACAAGGAAAAAACAAAGGCGUUUCAUGAUAGGCAUAUCAUUAGGAAGUCGUUUGAAAUAGGGCAAAGAGUAUUACUCUUUACCUCUAAGUUCAAGCUUUUUCCAGGUAAGCUUCGAUCCCGUUGGACGGGCCCGUAUAUUAUUACUAAUGUCUACCCUUAUGGUGCAGUUGAUAUCCGACAUAUUAGCACGGGAAAUGAAUCGAAGGUUAAUGGGCAUAGGUUGAAAGUCUACCACGAAAAUGUUUUGCAUCAAGAAGAUGAAGUGCUCCACUUCAUUGAUGUACCUGCUAUUGUGCAAAACUGA